AUGGCGACCUCCAUGAUCGUCCCGAAGCGGCCCUUCGUCGCCUUGCCUUUCCUUCUCCCAUCAUGGACAGAUGCCCUCGCUUCGGGUUCUCGACGCUAUCAAUCUUCCUACCGUCGUACUAAGCAACGUCUUCGGGUCAAGCCAGAUGCCUCAUUUGGUCCUUCACGCCAGACUCGUGAUCACAUCAUCCACAAUCCUCCUUCCAGCGCUCCUUCUGUCUAUCACACACCCAGCAAGUUCUUACCUGCCAAUGACGUCCGGAGAGCUAUGCGCACCGAGAAGCCCGCAACCACAGAUGCCAACGAGCUUCCCGGCGUCUACAAGACUGAAGCUGAGAGAAAAUACCACUUGAACCCCUCCGAUAUCGAAGAAAUCCGCACCCUCCGAUUGGCCGACCCUAUGACCUGGAGUCGACACAAGCUGGCCAAGCGCUUUGAGUGCUCGCCACUAUUUAUUGCUAUGGUCUGUGAGGCUAGUCCCGAGAAGAAACAGAUUCAGAAGCAAGUCCUCGAAGCAGUGCAAUCACGAUGGGGACCGAAGCGACGGAUGGCCAGGGAAGACCGCCAAUUGCGUCGGGAGGCCUGGGGCCGUGAUGAAUAA